CAACACUAGCAGCAUCUCAUUUGUGGCUGCUGGGGGCUCGGUCGCUAGAGCACCAAGCUCCGGCUCACACAGACACAGGCGCUCCCAGCGCCACCAUCACACACACGCAGUGGCAGCCAAAGCCGUCGUUAGAGCCUGGGCUGGGGCAGGGACAGGUACCAAUACUGUGACGACUGGAGCUACGGCGACAACAGCAGCGGCACCAUGGCGCAAGCCGCCAAGCAGCUCCGCAAGAACAAGGACCUAGCGGAGCUCGCAGCUCAGGAGCUGAAGGAUAAGGAGGAGGAGAAGAACAAGAAGAGGAAUCGAUCGAGGGACCGCAGACGCAAGGCGGAUGCUACCACCAGUUUCCUCCGUGCGGCCCGUUCAGGGAACCUGGACAAGGCUCUGGACCACAUCAAGAAUGGAAUAGACAUCAACACAUCCAAUCAGAAUGGGCUCAACGGUUUGCAUCUGGCCUCUAAAGAAGGCCACGUCAAGAUGGUGCUGGGGCUACUACACGCAGGCAUUGUCCUGGAGACCACCACUAAGAAAGGGAACACUGCCCUCCAUAUCGCUGCGUUGGCAGGCCAGGAGAGAGUGGUGGCUGAGCUCGUCAACUAUGGAGCCAACGUCAAUUCCCAGUCACAGAAAGGCUUCAGUCCCCUCUACAUGGCUGCACAAGAGAACCACUUAGAUGUAGUCAAGUUCCUGCUAGAGAACGGAGCCAAUCAGAGCCUUCCAACAGAGGAUGGGUUCACGCCGCUGGCGGUGGCUCUUCAGCAGGGUCAUGAGAACGUGGUGGCCCUGCUCAUCAACUACGGCACAAAGGGCAAGGUCCGUCUGCCCGCCCUGCACAUCGCUGCACGCAACGACGACACACGCACUGCUGCAGUGCUGCUGCAGAACGACCCUAACCCCGACGUCCUCAGCAAGACUGGCUUCACUCCUCUCCACAUUGCGGCUCACUAUGAAAACCUGAGUGUGGCCCAACUGCUAAUAAACAGAGGAGCCAAUGUCAACUUUACACCCAAGAAUGGUAUCACCCCUCUGCACAUAGCCUCCAGGAGGGGUAAUGCGAUCAUGGUUCGACUUUUGCUGGACAGAGGGGCCCAGAUAGAUGCCAUGACCAAGGAUGAGCUGACCCCUCUGCACUGUGCGGCCAGGAACGGUCAUGUGAGGAUCAUCGAUCUCCUGCUGGACCAGGGGGCUCCCAUCCAGGCCAAGACCAAGAAUGGCCUGUCCCCCAUCCACAUGGCGGCCCAGGGAGAUCAUAUGGACUGUGUGAGGCAGCUUCUCCAGUACAACGCUGAGAUUGAUGACAUCACGCUGGACCACCUGACCCCUCUACACGUGGCGGCCCACUGUGGUCACCACCGCAUGGCCAAAGUGCUGCUGGACAAGGGGGCCAAGGCCAAUGCACGUGCCUUGAAUGGGUUCACUCCCCUCCACAUUGCCUGUAAGAAGAACCACAUGCGCUCCAUGGACCUGCUGCUGAAACACUCUGCCUCCCUGGAGGCCGUCACAGAGUCUGGUCUGACCCCCCUUCAUGUAGCAGCCUUCAUGGGGCACCUUAACAUUGUGAAGAACCUGCUCCAUAGAGGAGCUUCUCCCAAUGCCUCCAAUGUGAAAGUGGAGACGCCCCUCCACAUGGCGUCCAGGGCAGGCCACUGUGAGGUGGCACUGUUCCUGUUGCAGAACACAGCACAGGUGGAUGCCAAGGCUAAGGAUGACCAGACCCCUCUGCACUGUGCAGCUCGAAUGGGACAUAAGGAGCUGGUCAAGCUGCUCUUGGAGCACAAGGCCAAUCCCGACUCGGCUACCACAGCUGGCCACACCCCUUUACACAUCGCCGCCCGCGAGGGACACGCCCAUACCACCCGCAUCCUCCUGGACGGGGCGGCCCAACAAACCAAGAUGACAAAGCAGAAAGGCUUCACUCCUCUCCAUGUGGCCUGUAAGUAUGGCAAGGUGGACGUGGUCGAGCUGCUGCUGGAGAGAGGAGCCAACCCCAAUGCGGCUGGAAAGCAGAACGGCCUGACUCCUCUACACGUGGCCGUCCAUCACAACAACCUGGACGUGGUCAAGCUGCUGGUCAGCAAGGGAGGCAAUGCACACAGCACUGCCUGGAAUGGCUACACUCCCCUGCACAUUGCAGCCAAGCAGAACCAGGUGGAGGUGGCCGGCUGCCUGCUGCAGUACGGAGCCUAUGCCAACGCUGAGUCCCUCCAGGGGGUCACGCCCCUCCACCUGGCCUCCCAGGAGGGCCAGCCGGACAUGGUGGCCCUGCUCAUCUCCAAACAGGCCAACGUCAACCUGGGGAACAAGAAUGGACUGACCCCUCUGCAUCUAGUGGCCCAGGAAGGUCACGUUGGGAUAGCAGAUACCCUGGUCAAACAGGGGGCAUCAGUGUACGCAGGCUCACGGAUGGGCUACACAGCGCUUCAUGUGGCCUGUCACUAUGGCAACAUCAAGAUGGUGAAGUUCCUCCUUCAGCAGCAGGCUCAUGUGAACAGCAAGACCAGAGUGGGCUACACUCCCCUGCACCAGGCCGCCCAGCAGGGUCAUACUGACAUUGUUACCCUGCUGCUCAAACACGGAGCCCAGCCCAACGAGAUCACCACUAAUGGGACUUCUCCUCUGGGCAUCGCCAAGCGUCUGGGUUACAUCUCUGUCAUUGAUGUGCUGAAGUUGGUCACAGAGGAGGCCGUUUCCGUGAUCACCACAGAGAAACAUCGGAUGAGUUUCCCUGAGACAGUGGAUGAGAUAUUGGACGUUUCAGAGGAUGAGGGCAUUGCGGCGCUAACAUUAGGUGAUGAGUUGCUGGGGAUGGAUGGUGCCCGCUACCUGAAGCUUGACGACCUCAAGGACCAGGAUGAUGAUUUCCUGUCCCCUAAGAAGACCCUGAGAGACUUUGAGGGUGGACUGGGCACCACGCCAUACUCUCCUGCUAUUCCCAGAAUCCCAUGCGUGUCACCUGAGACCGUCCUGCUGGAGGGGCACACCCCUGUCCCCCUGCCUAAGGAGUAUGAUGAGGACUCUCUGAUCCCCAGCAGUCCUGCUACAGAGACCUCCGACAACGUCAGCCCAGUGGCCAGCCCCAUACACACCGGGUUCCUGGUCAGUUUCAUGGUGGAUGCCCGGGGGGGCUCCAUGCGUGGCAGCAGACACCAUGGGCUGCGUGUCAUCAUCCCCCCUCGGACCUGUGCAGCCCCCACCCGUAUCACCUGUCGUCUGGUCAAACCCCAGAAACUCACCACCCCACCCCCGCUGGUGGAGGGAGAGGGCCUGGCCAGCCGUAUCAUCUCCCUGGGGCCCUCCAGUAUGCAGUUCUUAGGGCCAGUGAUAGUGGAGAUUCCCCACUUUGCUGCUCUGGGUCGAGGGGACCGGGAGCUGGUGGUUCUGCGCAGUGAGAACGGCUCUGUAUGGAAGGAGCAUCGUAAUCGCUAUGACGACGAGGUGCUGGAGACCAUUUUGAAUGGCAUGGAUGAAGACCUAGAGAGUCACGAGGAGUUGGAGAAGAAGAGAAUCCGCCGUAUCAUCUCCACUGACUUCCCCCUCUACUUCGCUGUGGUGUCCCGCGUCCAGCAGGAGAGCGACCUAAUUGGCCCAGAGGGAGGUCAGCUGACCAGUAACCUGGUCCCUCAUGUCCAGGCCAUCUUCCCUGAGACAGCGGUCACCAAGAGAGUUCGGCUGGGGCUGCAGGCUCAGCCAAUCCCAGACGAGCUGCUGACUCGACAGCUUGGUAACCAAGCGACCUUCAGCCCAGUGGUCACGGUAGAGCCACGACGACGCAAGUUCCACCGGCCAAUCGGAUUACGUAUCCCACUCCCCCCCUCUUGGAGGGAGAGUCCACGUGACGCUGGGCAGGGGGACACCACCAGCCUGCGCCUCCUCUGCAGUGUCAUUGGUGGAACAGCGCCUGCCCAAUGGGAGGACAUCACUGGCACCACCAAGCUGAUGUACACCAACAACUGCGCCAACUUCACCACCAACGUCUCUGCAAGGUUCUGGCUGACAGACUGCCCUCGCACGGCCGAGGCGGUGACCUUCGCCAACCUGCUGUACCGGGAGCUGAUGGCCGUGCCCUAUAUGGCCAAGUUUGUGAUAUUCGCCAAAAUGAACGAGGCGCGCGAGGGUCGCCUACGCUGCUACUGCAUGACCGACGACAAGAUGGACAAAACUCUGGAGCUGCACGAGAACUUCAGCGAGGUGGCACGGAGCAGGGAUAUAGAGGUGAUGGAGGGCAUGCCGUUGCACCUGGAGUGCUCUGGGAACCUGGUGCCUGUGAGGAAGGCCACUCAGCAGCCACGUAGCUUCAGCUUCCAAGCCUUCAGAGAUAACAGACUGCCUGUCUCGGUCAAGGUCAGAGACAGCAAUAAGGAGGCCUCUGGGUUCCUUUCUUUCCUACGGAAGUCUACCAAGUAUGAGGACUCUCAGCAUGUGCUGUGUAACCUCAACAUUACCAUGCCACCCUGUGUCAAGGUUGUGGGGAGUGAGGAGCGCAGGCGAACUCUGACCCCGUUGGCCCUGAGGGAGCGCUACAGCGCGCUGAACGAGCCCGGUCUGGUGAAUGCCAUGGAGAGGACCGAGCUCAAGAUCUCCCUCAUAUCUGAACAGCUGGGCUUGAGCUGGGCAGAGUUGGCACGGGAGCUACAUUUUGGUGUGGAUGACGUUAACAGGAUCAGGGUGGAGAAUCCUAACUCGCUCCUGGACCAGAGUUCAGCCCUGCUCAAUCUGUGGGCCGGCCGAGAGGGCAAGAGGGCCAAGAUGGAGAGUCUGUAUGGGGCUCUGAAAAACAUUGACCGUUCAGACAUUGUGAGUUCAGUGGAGGGCCAGCCACAGGCAGAGGCCGGGGCCUCAGAGGAGGGGGCCUGCAGACUGGCCGACCGCGACUCCACCCUGCUCUCCCCCAGUGUUAUCAAUGAGAUCACGGACACAGGUCAUCCACCUGUAGUCUACAAGCCACGAGUUAUUAGGCACCCAUUUUUCAGAAGGGGUUACGGGCUGGUGCAGGAGGAGCUGCUCUCCCCGGCCUCCAUGCUGUACAGCCUGCCCUCUCCGCUGGGCGCUGAGCCCUACUGGCAGGAGGUCUCCAGCCUGGAGUGUGCCCCAAUCGCCACCACCGAAGAAGACAUCCUGAUGGAGAUGUCUGACGUGCAGGUGUGGCCCUCGGGUGUCAGCCCCUCCCUGGUCACAGUGGAGGACUCAUCCCUGGAUGGCAGCAGCCGGGCUGACGACUCAGAGGGGGCCACCCUGUCCCUGCCCUUCAGCCUGGGGCGCCCCAGCAGUGGGGCCAGCGGGGCCAGUGGCUCCAUCAUGGAGCUGGAGGAAGAGGAAGGGGAGGUAGAGGAGAUGCGACAGGAGCCGGCAGACAGGGACAGGGUGAGGGCCAGCGGCGCCGUGCCAAAGGUCAACCUGAAUGGCCAGCUGGGAGGUCAGAGGUCGGAGGGCAGGAGGGUGGAGGUAGCAGCGUCAGUGGCGGGCAGCAGUGUGACUGGAGGAGGAGGAGUAGGGCAGAGUUCAGAGGAAGGGCUUUCUGUUGUUUCAGGACAGCAGGUCUACGCCCAGCUGUGUGAGAUGUCAGGACUGAGCCGAACCAUGGAGCACAACGGAGACAACAGGGUGGUGGGAGGCGGUGCAUUCCAGCCGUACCUACCCGACAAGGACUCCCUGCAUGGCUGGGCGGGGUCGCAGACACCCAGGCUUCCCCGGCAGAGUGUGGAGACGCUGAUGAUGUUACCGGGGUCACGCGUAGCCCAGGAGGCUCUCUUGACGCCGGAGGCGGGGCCCCGGGCCUGGGAGCAGGAGCGGAGGCGGGGCCAGGUCAGGUUUUCACGCCGACUGACCACCUGCUGCUUCCUGUGCCUGGAGGAGGGACUUCCUGUCCAUGCCUGCGAUAGAUAGGACAAUCUUUUAAUUUGGUUUUAAUCAUGAAAAUUCCAACCAUCAAAAUAUUUUUGAUGUUAUGUUUUUGAUGUAUCAUCACCUGAAAUUAGGUUAAUGGGGCAAAGUUGUGUUGUGUGGUUUGUAAACCUGUGUCCUAAUGUCAUUUUGUUAAUUUCAUGUGUUAUAUCCUGAUGUUUUGACACAGAUUAAUGUUGAUAAAGAGGACUAUGCUGUUGAGUUUCUGGCUGAGGAGCAGUUUGUGGACGAACAUGGAAAAGUCGUCACUAG